GUCGGGAGCGGCGCGCGUUCUCAGGGAGGCAAGAUGACUUCUCUGCCCCGAGAUUGGAACAGCUGAAGAAAAACCCCCAGGGCAAGAUGAGAACUACAAAGGUCUACAAACUGGUCAUCCACAAGAAGGGAUUUGGGGGCAGUGAUGAUGAACUAGUCGUGAACCCCAAAGUAUUUCCUCACAUCAAACUUGGAGACAUUGUGGAGAUUGCUCACCCCAACGAUGAGUACAGCCCUCUGCUUUUGCAAGUCAAGUCUCUUAAGGAAGAUUUACAGAAAGAAACUAUCAGUGUGGACCAGACUGUUACUCAGGUAUUCCGGCUAAGACCUUAUCAGGAUGUCUACGUGAAUGUUGUAGACCCCAAGGAUGUGACCCUUGACCUAGUGGAGUUGACUUUCAAGGAUCAAUAUAUUGGCCGUGGGGAUAUGUGGCGACUAAAGAAAAGUUUGGUGAGCACCUGUGCCUAUAUCACCCAGAAGGUUGAGUUUGCUGGCAUCAGGGCACAGGCUGGUGAGUUGUGGGUGAAGAAUGAGAAGGUCAUGUGUGGUUAUAUCAGUGAAGAUACCAGGGUGGUGUUCCGUUCUACGUCGGCUAUGGUUUACAUAUUUAUUCAGAUGAGCUGUGAAAUGUGGGAUUUUGAUAUUUAUGGGGAUCUGUAUUUUGAGAAAGCUGUGAAUGGUUUCCUUGCCGAUCUGUUUACUAAGUGGAAGGAGAAGAACUGUAGUCAUGAAGUAACUGUGGUCCUGUUUUCUAGGACUUUCUAUGAUGCAAAAUCUAUUGAUGAAUUUCCUGAAAUAAAUCGGGCCUCAAUUCAACAGGAUCACAAAGGGAGAUUCUAUGAGGACUUUUACAAAGUGGUGGUGCAGAAUGAGAGAAGGGAAGAGUGGACUUCACUCCUGGUGACCAUUAAAAAGCUCUUCAUCCAGUACCCAGUGUUGGUGCGACUGGAACAGGCAGAGGGCUUUCCUCAAGGAGACAAUUCUACCUCAGCACAAGGAAACUACCUAGAGGCCAUCAACUUGUCAUUCAAUGUGUUCGACAAGCACUACAUCAAUCGCAACUUUGACCGAACGGGGCAGAUGUCUGUGGUGAUCACACCCGGGGUGGGUGUCUUUGAAGUGGAUCGCCUACUCAUGAUCCUGACCAAGCAGCGGAUGAUAGAUAACGGGAUUGGUGUGGACUUGGUGUGCAUGGGAGAGCAGCCAUUACAUGCUGUGCCAUUAUUCAAGCUACACAACCGCAGUGCUCCUCGGGAUUCUCGGCUGGGUGAUGACUAUAAUAUUCCUCACUGGAUAAACCACAGCUUCUACACAUCCAAAAGUCAGCUCUUUUGUAAUAGUUUCACCCCACGAAUAAAACUAGCAGGAAAGAAGCCUGACUCGGAGAGAGCAAAAAAUGGCCGUGAUGCAUCUCUCGGGACUCCCAAAGAAUCGGAGAGCGCCCUUCCCAUCCAAGUCGAUUACGAUGCUUACGACGCUCAAGUGUUCAGGCUGCCUGGCCCGUCAAGGGCCCCGCGCCUCAUCACAUGCAGGUCCAUGCGAGAGCGGGAGAACCACAGCCGCCGAAGUGCCAGCUCCUGUGACGUCUCCUCCAGCCCUUCCCUGCCCAGCCGUGCGCUGCCCGCCGAGGAAGUGAGGAGCCAAGCUUCUGACGACAGCUCCCUGGGCAAGAGUGCCAACAUCUUGAUGAUCCCCCACCCCCACCUGCACCAGUAUGAAGUCAGCAGCUCCUUGGGCUACACCAGCACCCGAGAUGUCCUGGAAAACAUGGCAGAGCCACCACAGCGAGACUCCAGCGCACCAGGAAGGUUCCACGUAGGCAGUGCAGAGUCCAUGCUACAUGUUCGGCCCGGUGGAUACACGCCGCAGAGAGCACUGAUUAACCCCUUUGCCCCCUCUCGAAUGCCCAUGAAGCUCACGUCCAAUAGAAGACGCUGGAUGCACACUUUUCCUGUGGGACCGUCCGGAGAGGCCAUCCAGAUCCACCAUCAGACCCGGCAGAACAUGGCGGAGCUGCAGGGCACCAGGCAGAGGGAGCCCGCUCGCUCCUCGGCAGAGCUGUUGGAGCUGGCAUACCACGAAGCUGCGGGGAGGCACAGCACUUCACGCCAACCUGGUGACAGCAUGUCCUUCUUGAACUUCAGUGGAACGGAAGAGCUUUCUGUCAGCCUGCUUAGCAACAGUGGUGCAGGCAUGAAUCCUAGGACCCAGAAUAAGGAUUCUCUAGAAGACAAUGUUUCUACCUCUCCAGACCCAAUGCCAGGCUUCUGUUGCACAGUUGGCGUCGACUGGAAGUCUCUUACCACUCCUGCGUGCCUCCCCCUCACCACCGACUACUUCCCUGACCGCCAGGGCCUGCAGAAUGACUACACGGAGGGCUGCUAUGAUCUCCUUCCUGAAGCAGACAUGGACAGGAGGGAUGAGGAGGGUGUCCAGAUGACGGCCCAGCAGGUGUUUGAAGAGUUCAUUUGCCAGCGUCUCAUGCAAGGCUACCAAAUCAUAGUGCAGCCCAAGGCCCAGAAACCCAACCCCACUGUUCCGCCCCCUCUGAGCAGCAGCCCACUGUAUAGCCGAGGUCUCGUGUCCCGAAACCGCCCUGAGGAGGAAGACCAGUAUUGGCUGAGUAUGGGCAGAACUUUCCACAAAGUGACCCUGAAGGACAAGAUGAUCACAGUUACCCGGUACCUUCCCAAGUACCCUUAUGAGUCUGCCCAGAUCCACUACAGCUACAGCCUGUGCCCGUCGCACUCGGACUCAGAGUUCGUGGCCUGCUGGGUGGAGUUCUCCCACGAGCGGCUGGAGGAGUACAAGUGGAACUACUUAGACCAGUACAUUUGCUCUGCGGGCUCCGAAGACUUCAGCCUAAUUGAGUCUUUGAAGUUCUGGAGGACCCGCUUCCUGCUACUGCCGGCCUGCGUCACUGCCACCAAACGCAUCACGGAAGGGGAAGUGCACUGUGACAUCUAUGGGGACAGACCCCGAGCGGAUGAGGAUGAGUGGCAGCUCCUGGAUGGUUUUAUCCGCUUUGUGGAGGGUUUGAACCGGAUCCGCAGGCGCCAUCGCUCAGACCGCAUGAUGCGAAAAGGGACUGCCAUGAAAGGCUUGCAGAUGACGGGGCCCAUUUCUGCGCACCCCCUUGAGUCUACAGCCCCCCCAGUCGGGAAGAAGGGAACCUCGGCGUUGUCUGCACUGCUGGAGAUGGAAGCCAGUCAGAAGUGCCUCGGAGAACAGCAGGCAGCUGCACAUGGGGGGAAGAGCUCUGCCCAGCCAGCAGACAGCAGCAGUGUUGCUAUGACUCCCACCUACGUGGACAGCCCACGAAAGGACGGGGCCUUCUUUAUGGAGUUCGUGCGCAGCCCGCGCACAGCAUCAUCUGCCUUCCACCCUCAGGCAUCUGUGGACCAAACAUUUGCUCCGGUGUUGGAUGGUACCAGCUUAGGGGUAAGCACAAGCCAGUCGAUGGAUAGAGGCAGCAGCCAGAACUUUGGGAACUCCCAGAACAUAGGAGAACAAGCCUUGCCCUCUGCAAACUCCAGUGACAGCAGCUCUCAGCAGCAGGUGGCAAGCUCAUUGGCGUCAUCCUCUACCUUGGAGGAGAUUCUGGAUGCAAUGAAACACCCCUCGACAGGAGUCCAGCUGCUCUCUGAACAGAAAGGCCUCUCACCAUGCUGCUUCAUCAGUGCUGAGGUAGUGCACUGGCUCAUGAACCACGUGGAAGGGGUGCAGACGCAGGCAAUGGCCAUCGACAUCAUGCAGAAAAUGCUAGAAGAGCAGCUCAUCGCACAUGCGUCUGGGGAAGCCUGGCGGACCUUCAUCUACGGCUUCUAUUUCUACAAGAUAGUCAUGGAUAAAGAGCCCGACCGAGUGGCCAUGCAGCAGCCCACCUGGCACACGACAGGGGUGGAUGACUUUGCCAGCUUCCAGCGCAAGUGGUUCGAGGUGGCCUUCGUGGCAGAAGAGCACUUGCACUCUGAGAUCCCUGCCUUCCUGCUGCCCUGGCUGCCCAGCCGGCCAGCCUCCUACGCAAGCAGGCACAGCUCCUUCAGCCGCAGCUUUGGAGGACGGAGCCAGGCAGCUGCACUUUUAGCUGCCACGGUCCCCGAGCAGAGGACUGUGACCCUGGAUGUGGACGUGAACAACCGCACUGACCGGCUGGAGUGGUGCAGCUGCUACUACCACGGCAACUUCUCGCUGAGUGCCGCCUUCGAGAUCAAGCUGCACUGGAUGGCCGCGACCGCCGCCGUGCUCUUCGAGAUGGUCCAAGGUUGGCAUCGAAAAGCUACCUCCUGUGGCUUUUUGUUAGUCCCGGUUUUGGAGGGUCCUUUUGCGCUGCCCAGUUACCUGUACGGCGAUCCCCUGCGAGCCCAGCUCUUCAUCCCACUCAACAUCAGCUGCUUGCUCAAGGAAGGCAGCGAGCACCUGUUCGAUAGCUUUGAACCAGAAACGUACUGGGAUCGAAUGCACCUUUUCCAAGAAGCCAUUGCACACAGGUUUGGGUUCGUACAAGAUAAAUACUCUGCUUCUGCUUUUAACUUCCCUGCUGAGAACAAGCCUCAGUACAUCCAUGUUACAGGAACAGUGUUUCUGCAGCUGCCCUACUCCAAGCGCAAAUUCUCAGGGCAGCAGAGACGGCGGCGGAACUCCACCAGUUCCACCAACCAGAACAUGUUCUGCGAGGAGCGGGUUGGCUAUAACUGGGCCUACAACACCAUGCUGACGAAGACAUGGCGUUCCAGUGCCACAGGGGAUGAGAAGUUUGCUGAUCGGCUGCUGAAGGACUUCACGGACUUCUGUAUCAACCGUGACAACCGGCUGGUCAUGUUCUGGACAAGCUGCCUGGAGAAGAUGCAUGCCAGUGCCCCGUGAAACCAAGCUGCCCACACGCACUGAGGACAAGGCUUUGGGUGGCUCUAGGUGUUGGGUAUCAGUUUGCCAUACUUCGUUUUGGCCUUGUUGAGACUAGAAGCAGCUGCCACCAUCCAGAUUGUGCCAGCAAGUACCCAGAGCAGGUGGGAGACACAGAUUGUCCGUGGGAGGGCAUCAGUCUCUGGGGAUGGAGCAGGCAGCUCCCAUUAGUGUCCUUUUCCUCCGUCAGCCAAGAACGAAUCGGAACAGAACCUGCGGCUUCCCACCCAGCAAUGUGCAGUGUGUAAGAUAAUCCUGUGAAAUAAUGUACCAUAGACUCGUACCAACUGUAUAUAUCUGUACAGAUGAGACGCAAAUAGAGCUCUACGUGCAGCA